AUGUCGGGAGCAACUAAUCGAGAGGCUGUCUUUCCUACCCGUCAGUCCUUGGGAUUGAUGAAAGCAAAGCUGAAGGGAGCCCAAACUGGCCACGAUCUGCUGAAGAGAAAGAGUGAAGCUUUGACAAAACGUUUCCGAGAAAUCACAAAACGCAUCGAUGAAGCUAAACGCAAAAUGGGAAGAGUUAUGCAGAUUGCGGCAUUCUCGCUGGCAGAAGUGACCUAUGCGGUAGGAGGAGACAUUGGCUACCAAGUCCAGGAGUCUGUAAAGUCGGCCCGGUUUCGUGUUCGCACGAAGCAAGAGAAUGUUUCCGGUGUAUUUCUGCCAGCUUUCGAGAGCUAUACCACGGACGGGAACAAUGACUUUGGCUUGACGGGUUUGGGGAAGGGUGGACAACAAGUCCAGAAGUGUCGAGAGACAUAUGCCAGAGCUGUUGAAACAUUGGUGGAGCUCGCCAGUCUGCAGACUGCUUUCGUCACCUUGGACGAGGUCAUCAAGGUUGUAAAUAGGAGAGUAAACGCAAUCGAGCAUGUCAUCAUCCCAAGAACCGAAAAUACCAUUAAAUAUAUCGAGGCCGAGCUUGGCGAGAUGGACCGAGAAGAGUUUUUCAGAUUGAAGAAGGUCCAAAAUAAGAAGCUGAGAGACACAGCAGCUCAAGACGCGGAGAUGUUGGAGAAGCGAGAGAGACUAGCGAAGGAAGCUGCGGGCGAAAAAGAUGGCGGUGACAAGGGAAAUUCGGCCAACCCAGACAUACUGGGGGAGUCAGAGGACACAGAUGUCAUUUUCUGA